AUGCAAAUUCCUAUAACUGGACUAACUCAGCUACUGAAAAGUCUAAUAUCUAUACGAGGUCCAGAUGCAACUAAAUUUUUAAAUGGGCUUUUAACAUCAAGAUUAUUACCAAAUGUUGUUAAAAAGAAACAACAUACUAUAAGUGAUGCAGAAUUAAAACAUGCAAAUUUACAAGAUAUAAUUGAUAUAAAUACAAAUUAUGGAUUAAUGCAUGAAGAUAUAUAUGAUCCAAAUUUUAAUAUAACAAUAAGUAGAGAUGGAAUUAAUUCAAUGAUUUUAAAUUCAAAAGGAAGAGUAUUUACUGAUUGUUUUUUAUAUAGUGAACCAUUUCAUAAUCUAAAUGGAGAAUUUAAUUCAUUAAUGGAUGAACCUGGAUAUUUAUUAGAAGUUGAUAAAGAUAAUGUAAGUCAGGUUAUGAUGAUGUUGAAAUUACAUAAAUUAAGUGCAAAAGUUGAUAUUAAACCAGAUUUAAAAUUUAAAUCAUUUUAUUAUUAUAAUGAUACUACAGAAUUUGAUGAAUGGUUAGAAGAAGUUCAAGAAACUUAUUUUAAAUCAAUUGAUCCUGUUAAUGCAUUACAAAAUGCUAAUUCAUUUAUUGCUAAUGAUAUCAUUUUUAAUAAAAACAUAUCAAAUCAUAUAUUUGGAUUUGCAAUUGAUAAUAGAAUACCAAAUUAUGGAUUUAAAUUUGUAUUAGACAAAACUAUAGACAAGGAAAAACUUUUUUCAUCAUCUUUUCAAAAUUCAUUUAAAAUUAAUGAAAUACCUGAAAAGAUCCUAAAGUAUCGAAGAUUUCAAAAUGGAGUAUUUGAAUAUAAUGAUGCAUCAAAAGGAGAAUCAUUAUUACCAUUUGAAUGUAAUUUAGAUUAUACAAAUGGAUUAUCAUUAGAUAAAGGAUGUUAUGUUGGUCAAGAAUUAACUAUAAGAACUUAUAAUAAUGGUAUAAUUAGGAAGAGGGUAUAUCCAUUAGAAUUUUUUCAAAUUGAAAAAGAAGUGGAAGAUUUAUCAAAUAUUCCAAUUACAACAUUAAGUAAAUUAGAUUUAUCACCAUUAGAAGAUCAACAAGAACAAAAUACUAAUGAAUCCACUCCAGUAAAUAAUCCAUUUGGAACUUCUUCAAAACCAGUGCGGAAAAGAAAAAGUUCAAGUGGUAAAAUUUUAUCAAUAUGUGAUAAUUUAGGUUUAGCAUUAUUAAGUAUUAGUGAUGUUAAUAAAUCUCCAUUAUUUAAAAUUGAAGUACCUACAAUAGAUGGUAAUAAAUUGAUUGGUGCAAAAGUUACAGUUCCUGAUUGGUGGCCAGAAUAG